AUGUUCAAAAGCAAAGCGGAGUCGGAGGUGUUCUAUGUAGUGGACUCAGCAGAUAACCUCCUCUCCCGGUCGGCGUGCUCGCGUCUGGGUGUUCUCCAGUUCACAGGAGAGGUGCAUGAAGAUGUCUUCGGAGAAGCAGGCCUCAUGAAGACGGCACCAAUCAGCAUCCGGCUACGCGAGGAUGCCGUCCCGGUCGCUCUCUCCACAGCAAGACACGUCCCCCUGCCGCUGAUGAAGCCAGUGGAGGAGGAGCUGAAGAUAAUGGAAGAGCAGGGCAUCAUCGUACCGGAGACUGAACCCACAGACUGGGUAUCCGCGCUCGUCCCCGUCCCGAAGAACAGUGGUGUCCGGAUCACAGUUGACUACAAAAAGCUGAACCAAGCCGUAAAGCGUGAGAUCUUCCCGAUCCCGACCCUGGAGCACCUGACGUCCAAGCUGGCGAUCCCGUUGGACGAGGCAAGCUCCAAAAUGACUACGUUCAUCACACCGUUCGGCAGGAAGAGGUUCCUGCGCCUGCCGAUGGGAAUCUCACUGGCUCCGGAGUGCUUCCAGCGAAAGAUGCAAGAGAUGCUGGAUGGACUGCCUGGAGUCAUCGUCUACAUGGACGACACGCUGGUUUUUGGAGAUGCAAGCAACCAUGACGCACGUCUGGAAGCCGUCAUCAGAAGAAUCCACGAAUCUGGCCUCAAGCUGAACAAGACGAAAUGUGAGUUCCGAAGGGACGAAGUCAAGUUUCUUGGCAUGAAGAUAAGCAAGAAUGGCAUCGGCGUGGACGACGAGAAGCUCGAAGCGAUACAGCAGCUCCAGCAGCCAAAGAACGUCACAGAGCUCCGGUCUCUGCUAGGGGUGGUCAACUACCUCUGCAGGUUCGUCCCGCACAUCCAGGAGCGCCUAAGGCCCCUCAACGAUUUGCUGAAAAAAGACGCUGCGUGGAACUGGACGCCUCAGCAGCAGCAAGCACUGGAUGAUGUGAAAGCAGCCGUCACGUCCGCUCCAGUCCUGGCGUUCUACGACCCAGUGCGCGAGACAGUGAAGCACGAUGCGAUCGGCGCUGUGCUACAGGAAGACGUCCACAACUUCUGCAAGAGGGUCUUCGAUGACCUGCCCGCCACACCGCAGCGUCUGGUGGAAAUCAGCAGGGCACAACAGGCAGAUGAACUCCUCCAGCGCGUGGUUCAGCAGACUCUCUCUGGCUGGAAGGAGGGAGCAAAGCACCCCGACAUGCUGGACUACUUCGCCGCGCGUGGAGAAAUCAGCGUUCUCUACCUGACAAGCGGCACACUGCUCAUGUACGGCCGCCGCAUCAUCAUACCGCCUAGUCUGCGUGAAGAGAUGCUCAACCGUCUACACGACGACGGUCACUUCGGGCUCAACAAGUGCCGCCAGCGAGCAGCAGAAUCCGUCUGGUAUCUGGAAAUCCAACGCUUGCCCAGUCUCACAAGCACCGCAGUCAUCGAGCGGCUGAAGCGCCUGUUCUCCAGACUGGGGAUACCGGAUCUGAUGACAACAGACGGAGGAACGCAGUUCACUUCCAGCUCAUUCGCCGACUUCGCAGCGUCGUACGGCUUCACACAUCGCGUCACUGACCCGCACACGCCAUCAUCCAACGGAGCAGCUGAACGGGCCCAGCCCGCCAAGAAGGCAUGGCGGCACGCCAAACUCCGCGAUGGGCGGAGAAAGAAGAAACAGGAGUCAACCGUCAAUCAGAGGCGAGGCGCCCGCAACCUGCCUCCGCUGCAGCCCGGCCCCAGAGUCCGGAUCAAGACAGAAAAGGGCAGCUGGUCGGAGCCCGCCAUCGUCACGCAAAGGCUCUCCAGACGCAGCUAUCUGGUGGAGCUGGGCGGCUGCCAAUAUCGCCGUCCCGGCACAGCACGGAACCGGGCAACGGGCAGCACCAGUGCCACCUCCGGUGGUGCCGCCGACAUCCGUGGCAGCACCACGCCCGGUGGUGCCGCCACCACCACCACAGCAGCUUCCGCCAGCUGUGCCGUCGCCUGA